GGCUCUCAGGUCGUCUCUGUGAGGAGACUUCGAUCCUCUUUACAUUUGCUUCCUUAUAAAGAGUAGUCAAAGUUAUAGUACCGGCUUUACACCAGCUUUCCCUCAUAUUCAGCACAAUAAAGUGCCAUGGCAGAUGAAGAACAGACCAGAGAGGACACAGUUGAUGCUUGGAAGUUUUUGCCCAAAAAGUGCUCCUCCUCUUCUGAAAGUGCUGGAGAUGUGCAGGACCCAGAGAAGAGUUCUGGUUCUUCGGUCCCGGACUCGGUUCCAGGUCCAGAUGAGACUAAAGUACAGACCGAGGUGGAUCCGUACAUAUACCGGACAGACUUCCCCUGUGUGGGACUCUGCCUCAUCAUAAACAACAAGAACUUUCACCGCAGCACAGGGAUGUCCACUCGAAAUGGCACUGACGUAGAUGCAGCUGCAGUGAUGGAGACAUUUAUAAAACUGGGAUAUAAAUUAAUUGUAGCGACAGACCUCAGCGUACAAAAGCUUAAGGACAAGCUAAAGAGUGUGUCUGAGGAGGACCACAGUAAAUACGCCUCUUUUGUUUGUGUGAUUUUGAGCCAUGGGGAUGAGGGUGUGAUCUUUGGGACAGAUGGAUGUGAAAAACUCGAUGUUCUCACCAGAUUUUUUAAAGGAGACCGAUGCAGGAGCCUUGUAGGGAAACCCAAACUCUUCUUCAUACAGGCAUGUCGUGGCGGUGAAUUUGACGGAGGGAUUGAGACAGAUUCAGUGGACGCUGCAGUCGACCCAUCCACAGACAGGAUCCCAGUGGAGGCCGACUUCCUGUACGCUUACUCCACUGCUCCAGGAUACUACUCAUGGAGGAACACAUAUAAUGGCUCCUGGUUCAUUCAGUCUCUGUGUGAGGUCCUAGAGAAACACAGGGACCUGGAGCUGAUGCAAAUCAUGACCAGAGUCAACAGAAAAGUGGCCUAUCACUUCGAGUCAUCCUCAAAUCUUCCUGGAUUUAGCGGCAAGAAGCAAAUCCCCUGCAUCGUCUCCAUGCUGACCAAAGAGUUCUUCUUCCCAAAAUAGGCUUGAAUACAAGUUUUAACCAUAAUUUACACUAGGGUUCCCAAGGUGGGGGUCAGAAACCCUAGCAGAUCAUGUGGCAGUGAGCUGAGGGUCGCAAGAUGACUUGGAAGAUCUAAUUUUAAAAUUAUGACACUAUACUUAAUACAUUUUAAAAUAAAUUAAAAACUGUAUGGCAAUUUAGGCCAAGUAACACAAUAAACUAGUCAAAUAAACAUAAUUAAUGCUGAUUAAUUCAUGUUUUACAACUUUAAAUUUCAUUUCAUUUUUCAGUGGGAGUCUAGGGUUGGUUAUCUUAUUUUGUGGUCUUCCUCUACAUUAGGACAGGCUGUGGGCACAUAGAUGUCUUUUUAUGGGCUUGUUUUUUUUAUUCAGCAUUCAGUAAGAAGAGAAGGUCAGGGCUCGCUACUUAUUGUCUGAAAAGUAUUUAAUAAUAAUAAUGCAUCAGUCUUAUGUAGCACUUUUCCAGCUCAAAGUCGCUUUACAGUUUUAUGCAUUAUUCAUUCACUCUACACUCAGUGGUGGUGGUAAGCACUGUUGAUCCAGGAAAAUGAGCUAGAUCAGGUAUCAGUCCAUCCAAUAUUCUGGUUUGGCAUUUUAUUGGAUGUAAUAAGACUGUUUACUGGCUGAUAUUCACAUUUUUAUUCAUAAAUGGUUACUUGCUGUAUAAGUACAGCAACAUUGGAUUAAUUUUGC